AUGCAACAAAUUGAAAUUGAGCCAUCUUUCUCUGAAGGGAUUAUUGCUUGUUGUGAAUGUGGUGCUCCAAUUGCUCCAAAUCCAUUAAAUAUGUGUUUGGGGUGUGUUCGUUCGAGAGUGGAUAUUUUGGAAGGAAUUGUUAAACAAAUUCAACUAAAUUCUUGUCGUAAUUGUAGUCGAUAUUUAGUCCCUCCAAAUGCUUGGAUUUAUGCUCAAUUAGAAUCUAAAGAAUUAAUGUCUAUUUGUUUGGGGAGAUUAAAAGCAGCUACAACACAACAAAAAUUGCGAAUUAUUGAUGCUUCUUUUAUUUGGACGGAGCCACAUUCUAAAAGGUUAAAAGUUAAAGUGACUAUACAAAAAGAAGUAUUUGACAAAGCUAUACUUCAACAAUCUUUUGUUGCUGAAUUUGUUAUUGCUAAUCAGAUGUGUGAUGACUGUCAUCGUCAUGAAGCAAAAUCCUAUUGGCGUGCAUGUGUACAAGUUCGUCAACGUUGUGAUUACAAAAAAACACUUUUUUAUCUUGAACAACUUUUACUUAAAAACGGAGCACACUCGAAAUGUAGCAGUAUUAAACCUGUUUUGACUGGAAUUGAUUUUUAUUUUCCAAGACAACAAGAAGCACGUAAAAUGGUUGAUUUUGUUACUGCUGUUUUACCAGCUAAAUUUCAACAUUCUCAGCAACUUGUUACCCACGAUGUUCGAAACAAUUUUUAUGACUACAAACACACUUAUUGUGUUGAUAUUGUUCCAAUAAUUAAAGAUUCUCUUAUUUGUUUGCCAAAACAUUUGGGACGUCAAUUUUCUUCAAUUGGUCAAUUUGUUGUUUGUUUAAGGGUUACAGAAGUUGUUACUUUAAUUAAUACACAAACACUUCAAUUAUUUGAAUUAAAUUCGUAA